CUGACGGCGACUUAAUAUUCUCUGCAUUCCACUCAUAAACUGAAACAUGUCGUCUGGGGCGCUUUUCCCGAGUUUGGUAUCGGGGUCUCGAGGCUCAUCCAGCAAAUACUUGGUGGAGUUCCGCGCCGGAAAGAUGACACUUAAAGGCAGCACUGUGACACCAGACAAGCGCAAGGGUCAAGUCUACAUCCAGCAGACUGAUGACUCCCUCAUCCAUUUCUGCUGGAAGGACAGAACGACUGGGAAUGUGGAGGAUGAUCUUAUCAUAUUCCCAGAAGAUUGUGAGUUCAAGAGAGUAAACCAGUGCACUACAGGUCGCGUAUAUGUGCUCAAAUUCAAAGCUGGUUCCAAAAGACUAUUCUUCUGGAUGCAGGAACCCAAGACCGAUAAAGAUGAAGAGCAUUGUCGGAAAGUGAAUGAGUACCUCAACAACCCACCCAUACCUGGUGCCCUAGGGAGUGGAGGAAGUGGUGGACAUGAACUCUCUGCUCUCGGAGGUGAGGGUGGCUUGCAAAACCUCCUGGGAAAUAUGAGUCAUAACCAACUCAUGCAGCUGAUUGGACCCACUGGACUUGGGGGACUGGGAGGUCUGGGGGCAUUGGCAGGACCAGGUCUAGCCAGUCUCCUGGGAAGUGGAGCCCCAGCCUCUAGCUCCUCCUCCAGUUCUCGGAGCCAGUCCACUGCUGUUACUCCCUCAUCCACCUCUGCUGCCACACGGCUCGGCUCCUCUCAGGUUCCAACCACACCCACAACCCCUUCUAUUCCUACAGCAACUUCACCCACAGUCACGCCCACAACACCUGCAGGUCCCGUCCUCUCUACUGGAACCACCAGCCCCACCCAGCCUAUCCAGCUGAGUGAUCUACAGAGUAUCCUAGCCAAUAUGAACGUGCCUGCAGCAGGCCAGGGAGGUAACCAAGUUGAUCUGGCCAGUGUUUUAACACCAGAAGUCAUGGCGCCAAUUCUUGCCAAUGCGGAGGUCCAGCAGAGGCUACUUCCGUACCUCCCGUCUGGAGAAUCCCUAUUACAAAGUACUGAUGAACUCCAUAAUACACUCAGCUCACCACAGUUUCAACAGGCUAUGAGCAUGUUUAGCAGUGCUCUGGCGUCUGGGCAGCUAGGCCCGCUAAUGAAUCAGUUCGGCUUGCCAACAGAGGCUGUGGAUGCUGCCAAUAAAGGAGAUGUUGAAGCAUUUGCUAAGGCAAUGGAGAAUGAAGGCAAAUCAGAGCAAGAGGGUGAACCAGAAGACAAGAAAGAUGAUGAGGAGGACAUGAGUCUGGAUUAGACUCCCAUCCUGUGCUGUGCUUCUACUUCCCUUUGUAAUGGUAGUUUAGGGCUUCCAGAUUGGUCACCAUGUCAACAUGUCAUGUUGGUUAAUCCCUAGUAUUUCUCUUUACACUUGUUCAGUGCUUGUUUCAAGUAAGUGGUCUUACAAUUGUAUGUCAAACAAACUUUGGUGGUCACUUAGUGAGAACUACAAUGUAUGGUAGUCAGUGAGCAGUAAUGUUUGAAUGUGCUCAGUGUUUGCAAGUUAACAUUUUUCUAGUAAGAAUGAAUAAACAACUGACAUCUGUUACA